UUCCGUUCAAAACUUUCAUCUAAACCAUUCCCUCAGCAUUCAAUACACAGAGAUUUAAGCAAUAUUUACCAAGUUAGAGAGAACCUUACCGAGAGCAAAAACCCAGCUCUGAGGGACAGAGCUUUUACCGGGAGAGAGUAUACCAGGGGAACCCCCCCCUCUCUCUCCAGUUUGCUCCCUCUCCGCCAGUGUAUUUAUGCUCAAAAACAGGAUAUAAAAACCUAAAGACACCUCCUCCAUAGCCAUGUUUGUGUAAAAAGGACCAGAAUGUGCCCACCAUGGGGGUAUCUGCACUGAACUUGGCCAGCCUGCUGUGUGACGAGGUGAGCCUGGCAGGCUUCGGCUACAACCUCUCCCAGCAGGGGGCGCCGCUGCACUACUUCGACCAGCUGCCCAUGAGCGCCAUGCUGCGGCAGACCACUCACAACGUGGACCGGGAGACCCAGCUCCUCCAGAAGCUCGUCAGGGAAGGGGCCGUCACAGACCUGACUGGGGGGGUACACUGCUCCUUCUGCCCCAGCUGAACACUUUUCACCUAGAAACGUCUGAGAAGCCAGGAAUAAAAUAAUAUUUAGGUGAGAAAAACUUGAAAGAUGGGAAUAAAUCUAGUCUUAUAUAUGUGAAUUUGUCAUUAAGUGCUUUAUACAGAAGCCCUGAGAGGCAAAUAAGAAAACAAAUGUAGUUACACAUUUUCUUUGUCCGAUCUUAAUUGUGUUUAUGACUUGAUAACCUGAUGAAAAAAGGUAUGGUUAAAAAAUUAUUUCUUAAAAAAAUAAUUAGGGAAUUUGUUAGAAAAAAAGGUUUUGCCAGAAUGGCCGUAUCAAGUUCCUAUUUAAAAAAAUCCAUUUGUGAAACAUUUUGCCAUUUUAUUUUGCAUAAUGUUUUUAAAUACUAACAAAAUGCAAUUUAACAAUUGUUUGAACUUAAAAAAAAAAUGAUUGUCAAAAAAAUUUUCUACCAGUUUCACAGAUAAACAACAAUCAUGAAUCCUAUAAAGUUUUUCCUGAAAAAAAAAUCUUCACCUAUUCUAAGGUCAUAAACAAAGUACAUUCAUUUUUGUAUCCGACUUAAAAAACUAAAAUAAUUAAUUUUCUUAAUUGCCUUUUUCGGGCUUCCGUAGCUUGAAGAACAAAAUUGAAGUCACUGUAAAUGAGAGCCUUCUGAAAACAUCAGUCUUGUUGUUAUGAUACUCUUAAUGCAUAGACAACUCACGCACAUUUGGAAUGAAGAAGGUCUCAAUAUGUAUUAUUACUGUCUUAUUUUUGUCAUAAUAGUUCUCUAAGUACAAAUGAUUCUAUCAAAGCAUCUUCCACAGAGUUUAAUGUGGUACAUUGCAUUUUAAGGAGGUAAAGCUUAUGUGUUCGUGGUGACACUUUAACACAUAGAUCUGUAGUUACAGUUUACUUUUUGAAGGGGUUGAACAUAUGUGAAUUAACUAUCUUUAUCAGCACGUCAA